UUGAAUUUUAGUCACGAUUCAAAAGAUUUAGGUGGUGGCCUUGUGUCUGAAAAUAAAUAAUCGAUAAGCUUUCAUUAUUGAAGCCAUCACCUCUACGUCCUAAACUAUCAUGGCCUUAGAAUAAUCAACUCUAAAUUUCACCUUAUAUAAACACACAUUCACAAACCCAAAAUCAUCCGAAUCUGAAAAUGAAGCUCUCAACUUGGCUCUUAGCCUUGGCUCUUGUAAUCUCAUCCCUAUGUUCUUUCUCAUCCGCAACUCAAACCACGGCUUUUCUCAAUUGCCUAGCCCUGUCUAGCGACUCAUCCACAAUCUCGGGGCUUGUUUACACCCAAGCUAACUCUUCUUUCAACGCCACAUUGCAAUAUUCCAUCAAUAAUCUCCGAUUCGGACAGGCCUCGAAACCGAAACCCCUCGUCAUUAUUACUCCCACGACCGAAUCUCAUAUCCAGACUGUUAUCUAUUGCACCAAGCUAACAGGCUUGGAGAUGAGGAUCAGGAGCGGCGGCCACAGUUUCGAGGGCUUCUCCUAUGUUUCCUCGAUCCCGUUUGUACUACUUGACUUGCGCAACAUUAAUAAAGUUGUCGCGGACGUGGCUACCGCGACUGCAUGGAUCGAUAGUGGCGCGACGAAUGGCGAGCUCUACUAUUAUCUCAGCAGGGCCACGUCCGAGUACGGGUUCCCCUCGGGAUUAUGGGCUAAUGUUGGCGUUGGUGGGAUUUUGAGUGGUGGAGGGUACGGUAUGUUGAGAAGGAAGUAUGGUUUGGCGGGAGAUCAUGUUAUCGAUGCUCGGUUGAUUAAUGCAGAUGGAGUUAUUUUAACCAGGGCGACGAUGGGGGAGGAUUUGUUUUGGGCGAUUAGAGGUGGUGGUGGUGGAAGCUUCGGAGUUGUUGUGUCGUGGAAAGUUGAUUUAGUUCCUGUGCCUCCGGUGGUUACAAUUUUUCAGGUUUUCAGAACUAUCGAACAAGAUAUGACGAAUAUUUUCUACAAGUGGCAAUCUGUGGCUCCCCUGUUCCCUAAAGAACUCGACAUCAGGUGCAACGGAAAUGUGAUAUUAAGUGAAAACAGUACCAGGGCCGAUAACAAGACAGUCCGAAUGAGCUUCGACUCAUUGUACCUCGGACCAGCCUCGGAGGUUCUUGCAAUCAUGGGAGAACAAUUCCCAGAGUUAGGAUUAGUUCAAGAAGAUCUCAUCGAAGUUAGCUACAUCCAAGCUAUGGUAUUUUUCUCACAGUUUCCAUACAAUGCGCCCCCAGAACUUUUACUAAACAAGACAAUUUUACCCCGUCCCGCGUUCAAAGGAAGAUCAGAUUUCUUCAAGCAGCCAAUGCCAGUAGAAGGCUUACUAGGCGUGUGGGAUUACAUGUUCCAACUUCCCGAAAACCAGGCAUUCUUGCAAUACACUCCCUAUGGUGGUAGAAUGAAUGAAAUCUCUGAAAGCGCGCUCCCAUUCCCCUACCGAGCAGGGUACUUGUACAUGUUCAAUUUCUUUGCGGUGACAUGUCCGGGUCUGGAGGAAUGUGCAGAGGAAGCUGCGAGGAUGGAUUGGGUGCGGAGGUUGGUCGCAUAUUUGACUCCUUAUGUUACCAGCAAUCCCAGGAGUGCAUAUGUGAAUUAUGUGAAUGUUUGGAUGGGUCAAAACAAUCCAACAGGGAGCACAAGUUAUGCUCAGGCUAGCCAGUGGGGCAAGCGUUACUUUGGUGUUAACUUCGAUAGGUUGGUUGCGGUGAAGACGGUGGCUGAUCCUCUCAACUUCUUCAGACACGAGCAGAGUAUCCCUGUUUUUUCACUUGUGUCCGAUAUGUAGAUUGGUGCAUCUUGGUUGUAUUACAAGGUGUCUUACUAGAUUGUUUGUACUUAUUUAUUUUGAAGAUUGGAUGGAUCGUUUCAUCUAAUAAAAUAUAUGUGUGUCCGUGAGUCUUGCAGUUUGUUUGGUAAAAUUUUGAAAAUAAUAAUAUUUACGAGUUGGACUUUA